AUGGAUAAUCCCAAUUUUUUACAAUACUUUUGGGACUUAGGUAAUUGUGAUGAAGAAUCAUGUAUGUCAGCAAUAGAAGGAGUUAUAUCAAAUAUAAACUUGUCAGGAAAUACUGAAAACAAGGAUUGUGACAAGAUAGACAGAAAUAGAAAUCUUGUAAUACUACCAUCUUCUAUUGAAGGCAGCAGAGAUUUAGAAUAUACCAUAAAUCGUUUAAUAAGAGGAUUAGAGUCACCUAGAGAGUGUGUAAGGCGUGGUUAUAGUGCCUGCCUAUCUGUAUUACUUUCUAAAUAUACAAAAGUUCCAACAUCAACUAUUUUAUCAGGUAUUGAAAAACACUAUUUGGAAAGUAUUAAAAAAGAAUUAAAAUCGAAAGGUAAAACAAGUUCAAAUACAGUAGGAGAUUUAAGAGAUAGAAUAAUUGGUCUUUUAUUAGGCUAUAUAGUAAUAAUUCGAACUGGUUUCUUUAAAACAAAAUUAUCCCAACCUUAUAUAGAAUCUAUAUAUGAAAAUUUAUGGUUAAUAUAUGACAUAAAGAUUUAUCUACAGGAUAUGAUAUGUGAAAUUUUAUACAGAAUAACAGUAGAUUUUUCUGAAAUUGAUCCAAUACUUUGUAUUAAAUUUGUUUCCCAGAAGAUCCAGAAAUUAUUUGAUAAUAUAAAUCCCAAUAAUGAACCCAUGAUAUAUGCAUCUAGAUUAUCGAUAUUGAUGCUAUACUUUAGAUUAAGACUAUUUGCUGAAAAAAAAACUGAUUUUAUAAAAAUUACAUUACCAGAAUAUAUGAAUGAUUUAGACGACUUGGCAAAAAUUACUAUCUCUACUAAUUCAAGAUGGAAAGAUUGGAAACAACUUUUGUUUUCUAAUAAUCCAUUAGAUAAACUUCAAAGUAGUAUAAUUUUGAAAUAUUUGGAAUUUUGUACAUUCUUUCAUCCUAGAUUACCACUAGUAAUUGAUUAUCUUUUGGAAUAUGUAAUACAAUCCCCAUAUACACCUUCACCAAUUGCAAAGCUGGCUAUACAUAACAUUAUUGACUCAAUAGAGAAAUUUUAUUUUGAUACUAACUCACUACAUCAAAAACACUUUACUGGAGCUAGAAUAAUUCUUCAUAUUGCUCUUAAAUGCAGAUAUUUUUUUAAUUUAGGGAAUUCAAAUUUAAAUAUCAAAGAUAUAGAAAGUAUAUUUAGUAGAUUGCUAUCUUCUGAAUCAAAAUGUACUACUUGGUUUAUGAGAUCAUGUAUAUAUGGUAACAAUUCAUUAUUAUUUUUUGCAAUAUUUUAUGUUGAUACAUUAAUAAAUAUUGUAAUUGGUAAAGAUCAUAAUACAAAGGAAUUUGUAAAAUCCAAAAAUAAUGAAAAUAUAGGCAAUUUUUCCUUUAAUAGUGAAUAUACUGAUAUAUUUGGAAACCCCAAUAAAUUUAAUGAUAAACCAUCUCUACAAUCCCUUGACUAUAGCACUAUAUCUCAAGUAUUUUGGGAUAAUUACAAUUCUUUAGAUGAUUCAACAGUUAAAAAAGUUGUAGAAAGUACACAAAUGAUUGAAAAAGAAAUAAAACUACCCGAAGAAAUAAGGAGUAAGAUGUUUUGGAGUUGUAUCAAUGCUAUCUUUGGUAGAUCAAGCCAAAAUUUGAAAAUAUUAUUGAAGAAUCUUAUACGUAUAAUUCCCAACUCCGAGCCAUUGGAGAAAACAAUAGAGUGUGGAUUUAAACUUGUAAAAAUAGCUGAAAAAGCAGACAUUAAUAAGUAUAUUCAAGAUAAUAAUGAAGAUGAUACAAAUCUAAUUAAUACAAAGUGGCGUAAACGCCAAUGGGUUGAUAAUGUUUUAUUCGAGAUAAUACAAUACAGAGAAAAUAUACUACAAAUACAAGAGGAUAUAUCGGGACUUAUCCACUUACUUUCAGAUUCUAUUGAAAUUAUCAGAAGCAUUAUAUCUUAUGGAGAUAAUAAUUCUGAUUGGUCAGAGUUAUAUUAUCAAGCAUCUUUCCCAAGAUCAGAGAAGACAAUUUCACGUUUAACUCAACAAAUUUUAGAAAAAUUAUUGAAUAUAAAUGAUAAUAUUACUUCUGAUAUACUAUCAGAAUUAAGCUUGUACAAUCAAAAAGUUUAUGAACUUAUAAAAGACUUUAAUCCAAAUAAUAAAAACAGUGAUGAGAAUAUACCUUUCAUGAAAAAAUAUAAAAAUUAUCAAAUGAAGAAAAUAGAAAAUUGUACUCAAAUAGGAUUGACACUUUUUACAAACUCUUUAUCUAUUUUAUAUAUAACAAAUGGAUCAAAUAUAAUUGAAUCAUUCAUUAUGGAACUUUUUGAAAUUAGUGAAAAAGAAUUUUUAAAUAAAACAUUAAGUCUUUUGUUUACUUUAGAAGAUAACUUCAAAGAAUCUAGUGUAUUAAUAGCUGGAAUCCAGAAUAUGGUACAAUGUUUAAUAAAAUUCCCAAUAAUUAUUAGUGAUAAUGAUGCUGAACAAAUAGUUUUGAUAUCUCAGAGAGUCUCACAACUUCCUGAUUUCUGGAAUGUGGAUGCAGGAACAUUUGGAGAAUAUGAAGAUGAAGAGGAUAUUGAGAUGAAUAAUGAUAAUUGUGAACUUAAUUCCAAUACAAAUUAUUCAGAUAUUGAAGAUAAUUCAUAUAUUGAAGAUAAUACAGAUAUUGAAGUUGGAGAAAAUCUAUCAAGUGAUAUACAAAUGGAUCAAAAUGACACCAUUCUAUUUGGUCAGGAAUCUACGUUAGCUUAUUUAUUAGAUGAUGAUGUACCUCUUCCACCUAUACACCAAAAACAAUUACAAAUCAAGGAUAUGGAAAAACAGAAUAUUGCAGAUAUUAAUGUGAUUAUGCAAAAUAAACUUCGAGCAUUAGAUAUGAUAUAUUCCAUCACAAAUACAAUCAUUAUUUGUAAGCCAACAUCUAAUUCUAUAUUAGCAAUUUUACGUUCUUUAAUAUUAUUACUGGAGGGAUAUCGUGUUGGAUGCAGACAUUCACUUUACUAUUCAAUGAAGAAUAUACUUUCUGUAUUUUAUGAUUAUACUAAUAAACUCAAGAAUAUAUUUACUAAAAUAUUACAAUUAAAUAUAUUCAAAGAUCCUAUUUAUAUUGAUGGUAUUGGAGAUAUUGCAAAAUUACUUAUGCAUAUUUUAAGUAAACCUAUUGUUGAAUCACAAACAUUAAAUCGUUGGAAUAAAAAAAAAGGUGAUAAAUCCAUGAAAAAUAAAUUAGAUCAUUUUACUAAGCAAUUAGAAAAUAUCUCUAUUUCACUAAUUACUAUUCUAAUCAAAUUUGAUAUUGAUGGAAUUCAAAUGGGACAUAUAUUUAAUAAUACAAUUAAGUCCUGGAUAAACCAAAAGAAGUGUGGAAUUAUUACAUCUCCUUAUAUUCUUAAACUAAUACAGCGUAUCCCACCAAAAUUCUUAGUAAAAAAUACUCUUUCAAAUUUUAAUGAAAUUACACAGUGCUCAAAAACAUCGUUUCAGCUCCGUGGAUAUCUCUUUAUUAUGAAUAGAAUAUUAUCACUUUGUAACAAGGAAUUAAUUGCUGAAGAUAUCUCUACUAAGGAAAUUAUUCAAACUGUUAAGAUUCUCAUUCUUCAUGUAAUCUCAGAUACUGAACAAGAUCACUUUACUAAUAUUAAAUUCAAUACUUCAUUACAGAAAAUUGAAUUUUUAAGAAUAACAAUACUACUUGCUAAUUCAUUGUCAGUACUCCCUAAUAAUAAUAUGCAAGUAUGCGAAUUACAAGAUGUACUAAAAAGUGCAUAUGAAUAUACAACACAAAUUCUACAAAGUACUAAUCAAAGUAAAGUGAAGAAGCAGCUUAACAAGGUUAAAACUCUUCUACCUGAUCAAAAAAGGAUUAAGUUGUAA